CUCCCUGAUCCCUAUCUAUCCCUUGUCUCCUCGUGAUCAAUUUGAAGAGGAGCUUGAAAUCUUCCUUCUCUCUGCCUUUUUCUUUCUCGGCGUGCACGCCAUUAGAAUUCAGAUACAGCGGCGGCGGCAGCUGUAGCAGUGUUCUUCCAUUUCCUACGUUCAUCAGUUUUAAUUCAGGUCUUCUUCUAGCGUGCAUGGAAGUUCCUCACAGUCUCCUGCCUAUUACUGGGAACCUGCAGUACCAGCAGCCGCAAGGAGGUCUGGUGAACCAGCAGCGGCAAGAGAGGAAGCCAAGGCCUCAGGCGGAACAGGCCCUCAACUGCCCUCGCUGCGCCUCCACCAACACCAAGUUUUGCUACUACAACAACUACAGCCUCUCGCAGCCGCGAUACUUCUGCAAGGGUUGCCGGAGGUACUGGACGCAGGGGGGCUCCCUUAGGAAUGUCCCCGUCGGAGGUGGCUGCCGGAAGAACAAACGAUCCUCCUCCUCCUUCUCCUCCUCCUCAAAAAUCAUCAAGUCAUCGCUGUCGUCUUCGUCAGACCUCAACGCUAAUAAAGCCGCCAACUCCUUCAAUGCUCCGCUGCCCUUGAGCAUUCCUCCCGUUUGCAAUAACCUAGCCAUGGCCUUCGCUGAUAAUGUCUUUCUUCUAGGGCAUGCAACGGGUAAUCCUGCUACCGCGACAAACUCUAGCUUUCUUGACAUCUUGACGAGCACUGCCGCUUCCUCUUCGACGGGUCAAGCUCUGAGCAGCGGCAUUGUUCCCGACAAUGGCGGUUUGAGCAACCUCUACUUUGGAGAAGAGAAGGAGGGGCCAUUAAUGUCCUUUGAGGGAGGAGUUGACGAGAGAGCGUUGGAGGACAGAGUUAGGGAGCCUAAUAGUUCGUGGCAAGGGCUCGUGAUGAAUGGCUCGUCGUCGAUGGAAGGAAUAAGAAUGGAUAUGCCCUUUUCAGCACUCGGAGAUGCUUAUUCUUUCUUCUGAAUUGAAAAACAAAAAAUGUUUUUUUUUGUGUGUGUAAUUUUAAUUUCUUCUUUUAUACAUGUUUUUAGUCUCGUGUAAUGAUCUUUGUGUUAAGUUGGAUGAUAUUGUUGCGGGUGUGGGGAUUGAUUAA